AUGUACAUCAUGUCCUCAGAACGCUGUGUUUCCAUGGAGACGGUGUCAGCUCUUGGCCUAAAGCGCAGAUUUGAGGAGGUAGACAGCGGCUCGCCAUGCUCUACACCCAAAGACUCGGACGAUGAUAUUUCAAGCAAUGACAGCAGGGAUAGCUGUGACAGUCUCAACGCCCCCUCCAGCUCACUUACACCCACCUCUAUUCUAAGACGACAUAAAACCUCUCUUGGUCAAAAGCAGGUGCGUUUUGAUGCUGUGACAGUUUACUACUUCUCCAGAAAGCAAGGCUUUACUAGUGUGCCAAGUCAAGGUGGCAGCUCACUAGGUAUGGCGCGGCAUCACUGUGCUAUACGCCAGUACACCCUAGGGGAGUUUGCCAUAGAGCAGGAGAGCAGCCACCGCCAUAUUCUACGUCAGCACCUACGCCAAGAGAAACUAAAUGCCCGCAAAAUGAAGAUGACACGCAACGGGACAGUGCAGUGUGCCCAGGCUGACUUGCUUACUCUAGAUGAUGUGUCAGACGAGGACCUGGAUGUGGAGGGUGUUGAAGUGGAUGACUGCUUCUUCCUACAGCCACUGCCCACGAAGCGGCGACGGGCACUCUUGCGUGCCUCAGGCAUUGCUCGCAUAGACGCUCGGGAGAAGAUGGAGCUGCGUGCCAUCCGGUUGUCUCGUGAGGAGUGUGGCUGCGACUGCCGCUUCUACUGUGACCCACUCCAGUGUGGCUGCAGUAGGGCAGGCAUAAAGUGCCAGGUGGACCGCAUGUCCUUCCCAUGUGGCUGCUCUCGAGAUGGUUGCCGCAACGCAGCAGGCCGGAUCGAAUUCAACCCACUACGUGUUCGCACACAUUACUUACACACAAUUAUGAAGCUGGACCGGGAGAAGGAACACAUCCUGGGCUCUACUUCUGGAGAAGACUGUAAAGGUGAGGCUGAGAUGAACCUGUCCCCUUCACGUUGUCCUUCCCUUUUUGGCCCAGAGCUGGAGGUUCAGGUUGAGACCCAGAGUGAGCAGGAGAUGCUAGAAGAGCAAUGCCACAGCCUGGAGCAUGAAAAUGAGACAGCCGUGCUUCACCUUCAGAGUGCUGAGGAGCAGGAGAGGAGACGUGAGCGCGAGGAGGAGGUGCUCAGGGAGGAGGUGCAUGCCACGACUCCCAGUCCUUCAUUGUGUGUUUUGCAGGAGGACCUGGGUAGCCAGGAGGCGAUAGAGACUAUGGAGGAGGUACAGGGAGUAUUCCUGCAGGAGGCUUUUCCAGAAGGAGCGACACUCCUGUGCGUCAAGGAGAACCAGAAAGAUUCUUCCAGCCUAAAUGAGCCAGCUUCCCUCCUUUUUUAUCAUAUAGGACAUGUGGAGACAGAAGGACUUGACAAACAGGAGGAUCAAUCCAGAGAGAGUGGAGGGGUGCCUCAAAAAGAAGUUAAGGAAGAGGCUAAGAGCGAACAACGUGAACCUGAAACCUGCAGGCAGGAUCAGGCUGAAAGUUCUAUUACUAAGCACCGUUCUCCUACAUGCCCUGAGAACAAUAAAGGGGAUGAAGAGGACGGUUCCACCUCUGAACAAAACUUAAGAGGCACAGAUUGUCAAGGAAACUGGCCCCAGGUGGAGGGUGAUGCAAUAAAUCUUCCUCCAGAAGUUUAG